UGCCUCUCGCUGGAACACGUUCUCCAUUCCACGUCCCCGCUGCCGCCUCCCUUACCUCCCAUGGCCCCCGUUCAGCCCUUAGACCUCGAGCCGGGCCACCGAAUCUCGAUCUACUCGGUGACAUCAACUACAAUGUCUGCGCACACAUAUCCUGAGAAGCACUCAUUGACGAAAGAAGUCGAGAAGGGCCAAGCUGAUGAAGAGUAUCCUGACGGUGGAUGGCGGGCAUGGUUGACUGUUCUCGGAGCCUUCUUCGCGCUGUUCUGCACGUUCGGCCAACUGAGCUCCUUCGGAACGUUCCAGUCGUGGUAUUCGGAACAUCAGCUACAAGACCUAUCACCAUCGACAAUAUCAUGGAUUGGUUCCCUCCAACUCUGGGUGUUCUUCUUCUCGGGCGGCUUCGUUGGACGCUUCUUCGACGUAUAUGGGCCUAGAGUGAUCAUGAUACCAGGAACCCUGGUACUGGUCGUCAGCAUCAUGAUUACCAGCGUAUGCCAGAGAUAUUAUGAGUAUAUCUUGGCACAAGGCAUCCUAUUUGGCCUCGGCGUCGGCAUGUUAUUCUACCCUUCGCUCUCAGCUGUGUCAACACAUUUCAAAAAGUAUCGUGCUACCGCCUUGGGCAUCGCGCUCUCUGGCUCAGGCGUGGGCGGGGUCGUGUACCCUACUAUACUGCAACGACUGUUCAUCAUCUGCGGCUAUGGCUGGGGUGUUCGCAUCGCGGGCUUCAUCUGUUUGUUACUCUGCGCGAUCGCAUGCUGUACCGUCUCCAGCCGCCUCGAGCGGAACAAGACGUCGAGUCCGUGGUUUGACACCAAGCAUCUGCGCGAUACCAGAUUCGUGCUGCUCGUCAUCGGCAGCAUGUUCGUCUCCCUCGGACUCUUCAUCCCGAACUUCUACAUCGUCUCCUACGCCGUCGACCACGGCGUGUCGACCAACACGGCCUUCUACGUCCUCGCCGUCCUCAACGGGGGCGGCAUUCUGGGGCGUAUCGUGCCCGCGUGGCUCUCGGACGCGCUCGGGCGCUUCAACGUGCUCGUGCCUGCCGCGGCGUGCGCGGGGCUCGUGACGCUCGUCGGCUGGCCGUUCGCCGGGCACGGGCUCGGCGGCAUCAUGGGCUACGCGGCGGCGUACGGCUUCUUCAGCGGCGCGUUCAACGCGCUCAUCGUGCCCUGCAUCGCGCAGAUAUCAGACAUCAAGCAGAUCGGCACGCGCAUCGGCAUGCUGUACAGCAUCCUCUCCUUCCCGGCGCUCGCGGGUGGGCCUGCUGCAGGGGCGCUGCUCAAAGCUGCGCACGGCUCGUACAUCGGCAUGAUCAUCUUCAGCGGGGCUACUAUCCUCUUUGGGUCUUUCUUUUAUCUUUGGGUGCGCCUGCGUAUUGAUUCGCGACCCUUGGCGCGGGUAUAGAGGCGCAGUUGUGGACUGCCACGAACCCUUAUGAUCGUUGUACUAUUAACUUAUCACCCACCUUGUAGCAUACUUACUUUAUCCCUCCACGACUGACACGUCUCGCCACGAACUAUUCACAUUUCCACGUAGAACACUAUUGUACUCACCUCUUGGGGCCUUCAGCGAUGGGCAGCGGCAUGGCGCACAA